CGCAAACCCUUGAUUUCAGGUUCUUCUUCGGUUCUUCAGAUUCAGUAUUCGAUCGUUUCGUCUGUGGGUUGAUUCAGUGUUUGGCCUGUGAAAUGGCGAUGAACAGAGGAAUGGUGUCAUGCGCUUCCAAGAUAUUGAACUCUUCGCCGUCAAUCGCAUCCAAAUCUGUGACACGGGGGAUUCAUUCAACUAGUAUAAAGAAGAUGGGAGGCGGGCAUGGACAUGACGAGCCCUACUACCUUCACGCAAAACACAUGUACAACUUGGACAGGAUGACAAAUCAGAAGCUAAAAAUGUCCCUUGGUGUGUUCACUGCAUUCAGCAUUGGUGUUGGCGUACCCAUAUUUGCAGUCGUCUUUCAGCAGAAGAAGACCGCUUCAGCAUAAUUUGAUGGUGUAAAAUAGAGACUGAAAUAAAUUGUGAAGACGAAAUCCAUGAAUUCAUUUUUGCAACCAAACUGGUUAGUUCUACAGUGAAGUAAGUUCACUGUUGCCGUUUGCUUCUUGCUUUUUUAAUCUGAAACUUCCUGUUUCUCUCCCUGUUCUAUCAAUAAGAUGUCUGAGAUACAUUCUUCUAA